AUGCCAUCAAAGGGCACGAGGCGCAAAGGCCCGCCCAGCUCAAACUUUCUCUUCGUCAAUGAGGAUGCCACGACGGUCACUCGUGUUAGCAAGGACCGGGACCUGGGUCGAGAAAAGCAGAGCCAUGUACAGCGUCAAUACUUUGCUAGACGUCGGUUGGACAAGAAAGACGAGCAUCUCGAGGUCUACUUGGAUUCUAGCCAGGCUGAGAACGAUGCAUGUGUAGACCAGGGGACCGAAAGUCCGACUGCUGCUCUCAGACACCGUUUUCCAAACCUAGUCUUUCACCUCCCAGAACCAAGCCACUCAGAUAUCGCCAAUCUUGGCUCGCUGCAGCUGGAUGCCGAAGCGAACACCACAUCUGAUCGCCCAGAUUUCGAGGCCGGCACAGAUGACAGCCUGCAGGUCCACCACUACAGACGCAGACCUGGCACCUUCCCCUCCACUUUGUCUUCCCUCUCCAACAUCGACGACCGAUACACUCGGGAUGCCUUCGAAAUCGCCCUCAAUAGCCCACUGCGCUCUUCAUUUCCACACCCUCUGCUCGCUACCUCCUCCUUCGGUCCCCUUUCCGUCCUCUCGCAAUGGGCGCCACCACUCAUGCAAUACUGGACGACCGUCCUCAUGCGCGAGAAGUUCUAUCACGACACACGUGGCCUACCCCUCUCGCGGCUGCGCCACGCUCCCGCCAUUCACGCUGAGAUGCAGGAUGCCAUGUCUGCCCCUUCGCACCUAUACAGUCUCCUAGCCGCCGUUUCCAUACAAAUGCUGGUCCGAGAAGGCCGACUUUUCCUCCCCUCUCUCCGCGUCAGCGAAGUCGACCAUGUACGCAUUCCGCUGUACUUCAAAACCCGCGCUAUCGAAUCGCUUCGAGCCUCACUUGCCUCCGGGCCCAUCACCCACAAUACAGUCCUUGUUGUGCAUCGCUUGAUGAUAGUGGCAUACUUCACCGAUGCAUAUGAGGCAGCCAUUCCACACUUUGACGCUAUGCUGCGCAUGAUCAACGUCCUCGGCGGCCCCACCACCUUCAGCGACUACUUCAUCGAAAGCAAGAACCUUCUGCACUGGUCCGCCUCGCUCAAACGCCUGACCAAGCCUGCCCUCGCUCUAGACUGGGACCCCGGCGCCGGUCCCGAAGACAUCCGCUUCAUAGUCGCCCUGCUCCGACGCACCACCAAAGACCGUCUCGCCACUGGCUUCAUCCCACUCGUCACCGCCGGCAUCCUCGCGCCGAGCCUCCAUCAACUGGCACAAGAGCUAGCUGACCUUCUGCGCUUCGAGCAAUACAUUGAAGCACACGCACAAGCCCGAGACACUACCACCAAUGCGGCCUACGACGGCAUCAGCAGUAGUGGCCCAGCCCGUUUCCGCUGGGCCGCCCGCCGCCACGUCGCCCUGGGCUAUCGCCUUCUCGCCUAUGACACGAACAACGACGACAACGACGGUGAGGCCGGCGGGCCAACCUCCGCCCUUCCGGGAUCCGACAACUUCCUCAACGAAGCCUUGCGCAUCGCUCUCGUCUUCGCCGUCGCACUCACCCGCUCCCCUGACUCCGGCCGGCGCUGCGCCAGCAAGGCAGCAUAUCGCUUGCGCGCUGUGCUGGAGGGUCGACCCUCAGCCUCCUCAUCGGCCUCGUCCUCGUCGUCAAGCUUCGCGUUCGCGUCUGUAUUACCGCGCCAAACAGCAUCCCAUGGCCGCCAGCCCCACCAAUCAGGGCGGCUGCAGCCACAGCCACAGCCACACUUCCUCCACCAGCCCUACAGAACCAUCCUCUCGAACUGGCGCGCCCACCUCCCCGCCCUCCUCUGGGUCGCCGUCACGGGCGGCCUCACGGCGCGGCCGCACACGGCGGACCACGCUUGGUUUGGGAGAUUGGUGCGGGUUUGCGCUGCUGAGAUGGCGUUGUGGGAUUUGAACCCUGAAUCUGAGUCUGACUCGGAGAGGGAGGGGCAGGGGCAUGGCCAGCGGGAGAUCGAGAUUGAGGGGAAAAGGGAUCGGGAAGGGGAGGGGGAAGUGCAUAGGGACAGGGACAGGGACAGGGACAGGGACAGGGACAUGGACAUGGAGGCGUGGAAGGGCUCGGAGGAGGAGGAAAGAGAAAGGGAAAGGGAAUUGGAAAGGCAGGUACAGGCGCUGGAGAGCGUGCUGGGUACGUUCAUCUACGAGCCGGAAUUGCAGAGGGGGAGACUGGUCGAGUUCUGGGGGAGGUUUAGUGGGAGGGCGAAGAGGGCGAAGAAGACGGGGCUUGGUGGUGGGUGA